CUUCCGUUACUCAGUCACAUAAAACCACGCCUGUAUUUAAUUUCACGCAUUAGGGAAUACAAUGUGAAAUUCAAUUAUGCUUUUUUAGUUCGAAUAAUUCAACCCUUAUUACGAAUUGAAGCCUGCAUUUUGACGCAUAAUUUCAGCCAAUAAAAAGAAGAUGUUUCGCUAAAAGCUGAAAUAUCCCUUUAUUAUUGACCAAAUCUCUGUGAAAUCAUUUCUCCCAACAAUUACCGUACAAUUGACUAACGUUUGAAAGUUAGAUUCUUCCAAUCUAAAAGAAGAAAAUUAUCAUCCCUCGCAGUGUCCUUUGUUAGCCGAAAGUUCGACACUUUUUCAUCACUUUCUUCAUGGAAAUUUUAUAUUCUUUGUCUUUUUUUUUAUUCAUAUUGUAUCUUACAAAAGCCUGAAAUUUCAUACUCAAUUGUCUGAAUAAAGAAAUUUUAUAUUGUUGUCUCGAUUAAGUUCCCAUUAUUAUUAUCUACCGAAACAAUUUUUUGAGAACAAAUUAAGCUUACGCCCUAUCAAACUGUGCUUCAUGCAUUAUUCAGACAAUCCUUGAAUUAAAUUCAGCUGAGCAGCUGAAAAUGUUCAAUUCUUCCGAUGUAAUGACAUCUUUGAGCCCACUGACUGACUCUGGCAUUCCCGGUAGCUCCGAGGUCCUCAACGUCGGCAACUUCACUGAGGAAGCGGCUGGAGAGGAGGAGUACUCUCUAAAUCAGAAAGUGCAGACUGUACUGGGAAUGAUAGGGGCUAUUGGGAACUUCCUCCUAGUGCAUUGCUUCUUCAGGAAAAAACCGAAACAUCCCAGCGACUACUUCAUCCUCGCGUUUUCUGUCAACGACUUGGGUUUCUGUGUGGUGAUGAGCAGUUUGAACUCUUUUCGGUGGAUCACAAACGACCCCACUCUUGCGUCGGUGGAUGAUGAAAACCACUACAGGUGCACUGCUAAUCUGUUUGUGUACUCUACCAAGACUGUCUGCUCCCUCCUCAUCCUGGCGGCCAUGACUGUGAACAGAUGGUGUGCUGUAUGCAGACCCCACUGCUACAAAAAUAUCUUCAGUACCCGAAAAGUGCGCAUCUUUCUCUGCUCUAUCGUCACAGUCGCAUCCCUCCGAUCCCUCCCCUACGUGCUCAUCUGUUGGUACGUUCCCAUAGCCGAAAACUACGGCGAAGACACUGCCCAAAUGAUGCACACCUUCGUCACUUACGGGGUGUUUCUAUGGUGUAAGAGCAUCCUGGUGUUCUGUGAUGCCAUUCUGAUGAUGGUGGCGUACCCUUUGAUCGGGUGGAGAUUGCGAGCUAUGACUAAUAGAAGACGACAACAGACUCGAGGCAUCAGAUUGGCAAGUCUGAUGGUUGCGUCUGCUACCACCGAUGCUGACUGCCUCACAGUCACCGCCGAUACAAAGGAAUCCCGAGCACCCAAUCCGAUUUGUUCUUCAUUCCAAUUCGGAAAAGACUCCUCUUACCACGACAAGAGCAACCGACUCCUGGUCCCGAACAAGCCCCCCGUCGGUGAGCCCUUGGGGGACGCCUGCAAGAAACUGACUCGGUUGCAGAAACCCCCGACUAUUUGCGGGUACAAAGCAGGGACUCCUGCAGCUCCCAAAGGACCCCCACGAACCCUUCAGAAAGCAGUGAUGAGUGGAAGCAGUAUGGGAAAUGGCAAGACUGAAGACCGCAACGACAAUAACGAACAGCAACCGCAUCGACCAUCAGACAGCGCAGUUACUGCUACCCUUUUUCUAGUCUGUGCAGUUUACAUGUUCCUAGUGCUGCCGGAUUCAGUGAUGGAGUUUUGCCACAUGUACCAGAUCGGACCGGAGUUUCCAGAUAGUAUUAUGUUCUGGACCACCGUUCUGUUUAAUUUCUAUUUUGUCAUCAACCCACUUUUGUAUUAUUUUUCGAACAAGUAUUUUCAGUGCUAUAUCAACAAUAUCUUCAGAAGAUCAGCUAUCUGAGUUUUUGUGUUCCAACUUCUUCAGAAUUUCAACGUACUGAACCCUAUUUAUUAAUAAUUUCUAAUUACAUUAAAAAAAUCGAUAUAAGAGUGUUGUUGCUCCAUUUGUUUUGAUAUCUCCAUUUUCUAUUAAAAAAACUGAUAUACCAUAAAAAGAAUAACAUUUUACGCUACCUAUGCUAUUAAACUUCACGUAUUUUUUCUUGUAAAUGCAUUGAUCAAAAAUAAAAGUUUAACUCAUUGUUAGUUGGAAGAUAUCUAUAUCUAAAAAACUUUGCAUACCAAGUCCUAUCCAAUUGCCAAGCAUAAUUACUUUCGAUUUCAUUUCUUUCAUGAAAAAGUCAUAAUGUAAGUCAAAAUAUCACAAUAUUUUUUUUGUUUUUAGUGUUUCAGCAAUAAAUUCUCAAUUGGUGCUCAGGAAUAUGAAUUAAUGCUGCUGACAAUAAAUCAAAUUCAAAAAGUAACAGACAUGAUCCAAAAUUUUGUUGAAGACAAAAUUUGUGCAAUAUCACUUAGAGUUAUUUAAAUCACAAGUCU